UCUUUCCUUAGCUGUGCUCGCAUUCAAGCGGACUCUACACACAUGAGGGAGUCCUCAAGGAGACCUCGAUGAAUGGGAGUCAAAUUCCCAUACCGGUUCCCAGCAGACACACAUUUUAGAAGGGGGCAGUACAGACGGGCAGGCACAGAGCAGUGAGACCCUUUUCACGCUCCUUCUGCUCGCGUUGGUUAUUGUGCUUCAAUUCUAAAUUAAUGAUUUUUUUUUUUCAGCUAGCUUGUUUUCUUUGGCAGAAGACGGAAGGCUUUUUUUUUUUUCGUUGAUAUGAAAUGUAUUAUGUUGGUACUUGAGUAACCUCAGAUCAUACAAUGUAUAUAUAUAUAUGUAUAUAUAUAUAUUCUUCGGAGGACAGUAAGGGGAAGAUGCAUUAGGGAUUCCUUCUACAUCUUUUCAACUUCAAGUUAAUGCAGAAAUGGAGAGUGAAUGUGAAAGCUCUGAACACGCUCAGAAGAGAGAUCUGGACCAUCCCAUUUAGAGACCCGCCCCUCGGAUCUACAGUCAAAGCACAGAGCUCUGAGCAUAGCCAUGCCAGAAGAAUCUAAUAAAGACAUAAUGAGAAUUCAAAAGGGUCCAGAAAGACUAGGAAUGGAAAAGACUAAUAACGACUGCGUGGUCACCAACGUCCCCCUGGUCAACGAAGUCCAGCUGACCGCUGCCACUGGUGGCGCCGAGCUCUCCUGCUAUCGGUGCACUGUACCGUUCGGGGUGGUCAUCCUCAUAGCCGGGAUCGUCGUCACUGCCGUGGCCUACAGCUUCAAUUCGCAUGGAUCUAUCAUCUCGGUCAUCGGGCUUGUCCUCCUGUCCACCGGACUCCUCCUGCUGGCCUCCAGCGCUUUGUGCUGGAAGAUCAGGCAGGCGAGAAAGAGCGACCAGAGGCGACAGAGCCAGACAGCUUUAAUGGCAAGCCAGAGAAGCAGCUUUGCUUAAAAUCAGUGGUGUGUAGCAGGAAACGGAUAAAUCGAUUGAGGGGGGGAGGGAGUGGGGAGGACUGAAGACCACUCUUGAGUUUGUGAGGUCAGCCAGGAGAUGCACAGCAUGGUUCCAGCUGCCCUGCUGUUAAGGCACUUCCUUACAGCUUCCAGGAUGCUUGGAAGUACAGUUGGCUUGUUCAUCCAAUUCCAUGAAAGCCGAUAUGGGGUUUGCAGAAAUAUCUUCUGCUCCUCCAGAUUGUAUCUAAAAGCAUUCAGCCCCACAGAGGACCUCCUUUUGAGUUUUUUUUUGUUUUUUAUUCUGAAAUAAAUUGCCAACAUCUGGAUGGCUUGGAAAGAGGCCAACGUAAAUGUUUGAGAAUGGAUCAGAACGAUGACGAGUGGACGUGGACUCCAGUGUAGGACAUUGUUUUCCAUUCAUUUAUUGGUGCACCUGCUGGGAAGUGCCGGACUGGAAUGAUGAUUGCAGACUCUGAAUCGCUGGAACGCUGGGCUCACUGGACCUGUGGGGACGUGGUUCUUUACAGCAUGUCUCCUCGAAAUUGCGACUGCUCAAUUUUACUCACUUGUGGCAUUGUAUGCAUAUUCUCAUGAAUAACUGAAAUGUGGUACUGAAAAAUAUUUUACUUUGAUAGAGUGUAGGGAGCAAACUAUCGUGCAUGUAUUAUAAAUUACUUCAGUCAAGAUCAGAGAAUGUAGAUCAGAUUAUGGAUAACUUUAAAAGGAUUCCCACUGAGCACUUUUGAUGUCUUUGUAUUUAACUUUUGAGUGUUUAAUUUCCUCUGAAAUAAUCUGAAUAAUUAAAGUGCUGCUAGAGCUUUAGAGAAGGGGUGCACCUUUCCCACCGGACAGCCAGUCACUGCCUGCACCCCUCUGUCAUCACCAAGCUGUUCCCUAACGUCACUCUUCAACUCUGACAGCUCAAUUAACUAACUAACUAAAUAAAUACAUACAUAAAUAAAUAAAUAAAUAAAGCAUCCUAAG